GUUCAAUGAUCCAAAUCCGUCCCAAUAGUUAAUCCAUCCCUCUCUUCUCAAGCCGCUGCUUUGUCUCUGUUGAGAGAAUGCCAUCGCCGGCUUCCCAUCGCCGAGCCCUCUCCACGCUCCGCUUCCGCCGCCCCAAGAAGCGGUCUUCCCCUUUCCCCAAGAAGACCUUUACGAAUCCCUCGCUGCCGGAGUAUAUGCGCGCCGCCAUCCACAAGAUCUCCACCACCCUCCGUUACUCGACGUGGGACACCGCCGCCACUGAGCUCCGUGCCCUUCCCCUCCGCUGGGACUCCUUCACAGUCAACCGCAUCCUCAAGACCCACCCGCCUAUGGAAAAGGCCUGGCUCUUCUUCCACUGGGCCGCCCGCCUCCCCGGCUUCAAGCACGACCGCUUCACCUACACCACUAUGCUCGACAUCUUCGGGGAGGCCGGCCGGAUCCCCUCCAUGUGGCGCGUUUUCCGGGAGAUGGAGGACAAGGGGGUCACCCCCGACGCCGCCACCUACACUUCCGUCAUGCACUGGCUGUCUGCGGCCGGCGACCUGGAGGGUGCUGUGCGUGCCUGGGAGGAGAUGAAGGAGCGCGGUUGCGGACCGACCCUGGUGUCCUAUACCGCCUACAUGAAGAUCUUAUUCGAUCAUGGGAGGCCCAAGGAGGCUGCCGGAGUGUACACGGAGAUGCUAGAGGUCGGCCUGUCACCGAAUUGCCACACGUAUACGGUGCUCAUGGAAUACCUUGCAGGAGCUGGUAAAUUUAAGGCUGCCCUUGAGAUAAUGAGUGAAAUGCAAGAAGCAGGAAUUGAACCUGAUAAAGCUGCAUGUAAUAUUCUCAUUCAGAAGUGCUCCAAAGCUAGAGAGACAUCAGCUAUGAGACAAGUUCUCCUAUACAUGAAGGAGCACUCAAUUGUUCUUCGCCGCACAGUAUUCAUGGAAGCACUAGAAGCUCUAAAACUGGUAAAUGGAAGUGAUCAUCUGCUUCGAGAAGUAAACCCUCAUCUUUCUUCUGAUGGCAUUGAAGAUAAUUCACACUUUGAACCAAUUUUUUCUGAUACUAGUUCAUUUAUUGAUAGGGCUAUUAUCAUUAAUCUUAUAGCGAUGCAGAAUUUUAUUGCUGUAGAGCAUAUGUUGAGUGGGAUGAUUAACAGGCACAUAGAAUUAGAUCCGGAGCUCAUAUCCAUGGUCAUCCAACUCAGUUGUGCAAAUUAUAAGCCAUCUUGUGUGCUGAUGGCAUUUCGUUACUCCUUGCAAGUGGGGAAAGAACUUGAUAGAUCUGCAUACAUUUCUCUGCUUGGUUUCUUUAUGAGGGAGAAUGCGCUUGAAAUGGUCCUAGAGAUUGUUCAUGAAAUGACAAAAGCUGGAGUGAGCUUUGGAACAUAUCUUGUUUAUCUCUUGAUUUACAGGCUUGGCCGUGCAGGAAUUCAUACUUAUGCUGAAAGUAUAUUUUACUCUCUGCCCAUGGACCAGAAUGUUGUUACUUGUACAGCCCUGACGGAUGCUCUUUUUCAAGCUGGUGAAGUUGAGAAAGGUCUUGAGCUCUACGCAAAAAUGAGAAAAGAUUUUUCUCUCUCAUCUGGCAUGUAUGAGGUGCUGAUACUUGGUCUAGAAAGGUCUGGCAGAACAGAUGAUGCAGAAUUUUGUAGGAAGGAGAAGAGGAAAUUUACGGGGAACAAAUAUCCUCAAAAAGAUGUUUCACCAGAUGAGAUUUUAUGCAAUUAUCUUUUUGAUGGGAUUUUGAGUUAAGCAGCAUGGAAAUAUUAUGGUCCUUUCGAUGACCUGCUAAACUUUCUUUACAGUAAGCACGAAGAUAAAGCUACUGCUGCUGAAAUUUGGCCAGACUAUCUUCAGGAAAACUCAGAGGAGCUGCAUUGUUGGGCAUGGAUAGUGUCCCAAAUAAUAAGUAUCAAAAAGCCCAGUUUGUGUUUUCUCUGAGGAUGGCCAUUCACCAAAUUGAACAGUAUUAGUGCGAGGUUCUUGAUAUGUAGGGAACUAUGUCAAUAUGCUUCCAUCUAAAAGUCCACCAAAAAAGUUCCAAAUGAAAUAGUAGAAGAAAGGGGUGUGGUCUAGCGUUACAAUGAUCCAGAGGAUUGGUGGAAUCACACUUCCAGUAUCACUGGGCACUAGCACCAUUUUUGUCAUAAGUGGUUUAAAGGUGGAGAAUUUAGAUGUGGUUUGCUAAGUUUAGCAAGAGAAGCAUUUAGAGGAGCAAAAUUUGGCCUCGCUGUAUGAUAUUUAAAGAUUAUUUAUUUAUUAUAUACCCUAUCACUGGCAAUCUGUCAUUGAGAAAAGUGUAUGUAGAAGAUUAACAGACAUAAUUAAUUCUAAGAUGAGACAAUACAACAAUGAAUUAUUGAUGAAUCAAAUUGAUACUCCUCAGGCAACUGAUAAUAAAGAGGUCCCUGAGCUUUUAGUUGA